GCCCCUUCCGUGAUUGAAAACAUGGCGGCCGCCAUGGAGCUGAGAUGCUGGGGAGGAGACUGGGGUUUGCCUUCUGUACACACCGAGUCUCUGAUAGUUCUGGCAUAUGCUAAGUUUUCUGGGGCGACAGUCUCAGUUUCUCCUAUAGACUGGACAUGGAAAACGCUAACAGCGACAGUUCCAGAGUUGCUUUGUGGAGACUCCGCAGUUACAGAACCAACCCAGAUUCUUAACUUUCUGAGAAAACAGAGGUUUAAUGCAGACUUUGAGCUGUCUGCCAGACAAGGAGCAGAUACCAUGGCCUACAUCGCUCUGCUUGAAGAGAAGCUGCGACCAGCUGUGUUGCACACUUUCUGGGUGGAUGCAGAAAACUACGCCAACCUAACACGGCCAUGGUUUGCUUCACGCUCACCGUUCCCUCUUAACUUUAUCGUCCCCGGUCGCAGUGCCAACACUGCCCUUUCUCGCAUCCUUCUAACUAAAGGAGAGGCACCGCUGCACAGAAUCACUGAGGUCGAGGGAAAGAUCUACAGCGAUGCUAAAGAGUGCCUGAAUCUCCUCGCGUACAGGUUGGGAACAGGAAACUACUUCUUUGGCAACUCGCCGACCAGUCUGGACGCCUUUGUGUUUGGGUUUAUUGCUCCACUAUACAAAGCCGGUCUCCCCAGCUCCCCUCUGCAGAGCCACCUCAAGCAGCUGGAGAACAUCACACGCUUCUGUGACAACAUCCUCACGGUCUUCUUCAGCUCAGACCACCCUAGUCCUCCUCCACCUGUUCAGGAAACAAUGGAUGCCAACCUCCAGAAACUAACUCAGCUUGUAAAUAAAGAGUCCAACUUGAUAGAGAAGGUGCUUCUGCUUUCCUUUUAUCUUCUUUGCAUGGGUUCAUGGGUGCAUGUGGCAGAUGGACGACAAUCUCCGCAGCAGCCCUCAGCACAAACCUCACAGACCGGACCCCAAACCCAAUCUGGCAAGUGAGAAGAACUCAACCCCCGCCUAACCCAUGCCCCUCAACCCUGAUCCACCAUUAUAAAUGGAAGGACAGCCUGCAGAUUGAAGGUGCAAGUCUAAAACUGACUCAACCUCUGUAAUCAAAAAUAUAUGAAUCCCGCUGAACUGUCACUUGAAUGGUAAAUGAUCUAAUAAUUAAUGGGUGUAUGCUAUAACGCUAUAAAAGAGCCUUAUUUUGCAGCAGGAUAAUGAUGAUAGAUGUUAAAGAUGUUGGUCUGAAAGUGAAGGAGAAGUGCAUGUGUGAGGUUUUUAAGGAUAGUCGGUGCAUGUAUGUGGUUAAGGCUGGUAUGCUAUGAAGUGGUGCUCAAUGAAAGAAAGUUUAAAGGAAAGCCAAAAAAUAAAUGAAAAGUCCUGCAGAGAAAAAAGAGGGCACAAGAUUGUCCCCAUGCCGGUUGUUUUAAAACUCUUAUUCAUUCAUUUAUUUAGUUUCCUGUGAGAAAUAGCUUUUUCUGCAAAUUUCAUAUGACACAUGUUGAGAUGUUCUCACCUGCUCAAUGAGGAUAUUGUAUUACUGAGUUGUAGUUACAUUAUUCAACAAAGUAGAAGAAUAUCUGACUAUAAUACCUUACUUAGUUUUCUAAUGCUACAGUUUAUCAUUCUGUGUUUUGUUAUGCAGAAUCUAAGAUCCUUUAGCACCCCCUCCUAGCACACAACCAUCAUCUUCAUAGUCACUGUAAAUAUCUCCAGUUAAAUUCUAAGAGGAUUUUAAUUGUAAUAUUCCGUCUGUAUAUCAGUAGUCAACACUUUAGAGAACACAGUGCACUUGUUUUGCUUUGCUCCCUCCUCCUCUGCUUUGUAUAGCUUGUAAAGUUGUAAAUAGUUUCAUUAUUUAUUAAUCCUCUAAUAGGGCUGAUCAUGUUCACUGAACCACUGAGGUAAUGGGAGGGCCUUAUUCACUUUAUUUAGUUAGUCAGAAUAUAAGGGACUCUGUGUGUGUGUGUGUGUGUGUGUGUGUGUGUGAGAGAGAGAGAGUGUGUUUCAAAGGACUAUCAGCAAUUACUGUGUCUUCAUCUUUAACAUCCACUCACUUCUGUUGUUGUCGUCAUUGUUUUUUUCUGCAGUUUUCCUCUUACAUGUAUUUUUUAUUUUUAUUUUUUUGUUGUUUUUUUUUUUUGUUAAAAUUUUCCUCUUUAACAUCUCCUUUUUUUAAAACUGAAGUGUCUGUCCCACUUGGGAAUGCCUCAUUAGCUGCCUUUUUUUGCUUUAUCUGUAUUGUCUGAAAUUGAACUUUGAAAUGAGUUGCCGGUGUUUUUGUUUUUUUUGUCUUACUGUUAUUUAAUGUCCUCACAGCUCAUACAUUCAGUGAACUCUGUCUGUUCCAUUUGCCUGUUUGCAUGAUUUGCAACUUUAAAAAGAUCCUGGUUACAUUCCCUUUAAAGCACCAUAUCCUGAAACUCAAGCAUUCGUGUGCGUGUGUCCCACAUUGGUGCAGUGUGCCUUCAUGACUGCUGGUGUCUGUGAACAAUGAUCAAAAGGUUAAAGGCGUCCUGUAGCUUUUUGAUACAUUGUCAUAAAUGAUCUUUGUCAUUUUCUGUUCUUCAUUCUCAGUGAAUGGUUAGUAACAACUUAUUAAAAUACAAACAUGAUAAUCCU